UUGACCACUGACGAACUGACAAUUCAAUGGAAAAAAUUGCAUUUAUUAUUGUGUUGAUGUGUUGUGUGGUGUGGUGAGCACGGAGUUAGCGGACUAGUAUAAAAUCUGUAAAGUGUAAAGUUGAAAAUAUCAAUAACGUACGUACAUAAAUGAGUUUUUUAAGCGAAUAAAAUGAGGACAUACUUCCUGUGUAAUGCAUCUUUGUGUAUUUUGAAAUUGUGAAAUGUAGGCAGUUUAUUAAUUAAAAUUGAUCAAGCCAUGGCAUCUCCUUUGCAAACCUGGGAAGGAAAUUUGCAAAAUUCCUCCCAAUUAAUAAGAAAUGCAAAUGUCGGGCCAAAUGUGCCUAAUAUUGGACUUAGAAGUGCUCCCGUUUUACCACCCAGACCAUCGAAUUCUCCAUUGAUUGGAAAUACUUCUUACAAUUCGUACAUGCCAUAUUCAGGAAUGGGAUAUGGGGGUUACAAUUCAUAUGGAAGUUCGUAUGGAUCUUAUGGAAUGCCAUACCGUAGCUCUUUGUACAACUCUUAUGGAUCAUCUUAUGGUGGUUAUAACAAUUUGGGCAUGUUUGGAAAUGUUUACCCAAGCGUCUCAGGUGAUGACCACGAGAGGCGGUUUAUACAGUACGCUGAAGAAAGCUCUAGAAACACAUUCGCUAGUGUAGAGAGCAUUGUUAGAGCUUUUAACAGCAUAGCCAUGAUGUUAGAUAACACGUUUUUUGCAAUGACUAGCUCAUUUCGAGCUGUUCUCAGUGUAGCUGAGAAUUUUGGCAGGUUAAGGACGAUGUUUGGACACAUAUGGUACUCUAUCAAUAUAUUCAGAUUCCUAAAUUGGUUGUACAGGAGAAUGUUGAGAAUGAUGGGCUUUAAAGUCGCAUCUAGUACAGCUUCGAUGGCUUGGAAAGAAGCAGCACAUGGAGUUUCACCUCCUUCUGCUGGGGCCCCAUCCGGUUCCAGUUGGCCUACCAUUGCUUUUUUGGGCGUGCUCGUUUCCGCUCCUUAUAUUAUUAGCAGAUUCUUGCCUAAAUAUGAAGAUAAAGGUGAUCCUUCUAAUUGGAAAUCCCCAGGCAUUCGGGCCAAAGCUGUGUUCGACUUCAUAGCCACAGCACCUAACGAACUUACCAUUCAAACCAACGACGUUAUCCUUUUAGCACCGACUUACAUCCAAGAAGAAAUGAGCCUGAAGAACACCGGAUGGGCGUUUGCUGUUCAUAAAGGUAAAUCAGGUGUGGUGCCGCUCAACUACCUGGUAAUAAACAAAAACAAACCGAUAACUAGUAAUCCAGAAGUAACAUUACCCGUGCCAAGACCAUCGAGUAUGAAAACACACACAAAACGUGUGAGCUUCGGAGAAAAUCAAAUUUUCGAAAAUGUAGAUAUAGAUGAUUACGUUUUAAGAAAAGAACCCAGUGUAUCUAGUCAGACGAAAAAGGAUGAAAAUCUGGAGUCGCAAACAACUAAAGAAAAAUCAGGGACUCAUGAUAUUGAUGUGUCAAAAAGUGUUGAGAAAAAGGAAAAUGAAAAUGUUAAAUAAUUAAGUGUUAAACGUGCAAAUGGAGCAAGUGUAUUUAUUUUAAAUAAUAUGAAAAUGUUUUUUAUUCAAAAUUUGUUAUCUUGGUUUAUUUGUUUUUAGCAGAA